AUGGGGUUAUUCUUAUCUAGACUAUGGAGGAAACUUAGAAAGGAUUAUGAAUAUAAAAUCGUCCUAGUAGGACUCGCAAAUGCUGGCAAGACCACUAUCCUUUACAAGCUGCGCCUAGGCGAAGUUGUUAGUGCUCAUCCCACAAUUGGCAGCAAUGUGGAAGAAAUCAAGCAAGGAAACGUCAGGCUUCAGGUGUGAGAUCUAGGCGGCCAAGAAUCUUUGAGGGCUUCGUGAAGUACAUAUUUUGUGUCUACAGAAGCUGUAAUUUUUGUAGUUGAUAGUGCUGAUGUUCAUAAUGCUUUAUUGGCGAAGAUGGAGCUUUUUAAUUUGCUUUUACAUGCUGAUUUAAGGGCUGCCCCAGUUUUGAUUUUGGCAAAUAAGCAAGAUUUACCUGUUGCAGCACCUCCUAAUCAAAUUUCAGAACUAUUGGAUUUAGUAUCAAUUAGAGAUCAUGAAUGAAAUUUGCAAGCUAGCUCGGCGAUAACUGGGCAAGGUCUUGAAGAAGGGAUAGAGUGGUUAUGUGAUAAGCUGAGCAAUAAACACUAA